GUGAUCCAGCGACAUCUCUGGGUCCGGGCGGCUGCUGCUGCUGCUGCUGCUGCAGGGGGAGGGGAAAGAGCCGGAGCGAGUCCUGCUGGAGGAAGGAGCCAGCAGCGUGCGAAGAAGCUGGAGGGAAGCGGGGGAAAGGCGCUUGCAACUAGCACACCGGGCUUCACCUUGCAACUGCUCGCUUGAGGUGUGCAAGCAGCCGGUGGGAGCCAAGAAACACGCGCACGCACGCACACACUGCGAAAGAAACACACGAAAGGCUACAAAGAAACUCAAGAGAAGCAAUCAGCCCCCACCAUGGUCCAGCAAGCGGAAAGUCCAGACACCGAGAGCAACCUGCCCCGAGAAGCGAUGGAUACCGAGGAAGGGGAGUUUAUGGCUUGCAGCCCCGUAGCGCUGGACGAGAGCGAUCCGGACUGGUGCAAAACGGCUUCGGGCCACAUCAAGAGGCCGAUGAACGCGUUCAUGGUGUGGUCGAAAAUCGAGCGGAGAAAAAUCAUGGAGCAGUCGCCGGACAUGCACAACGCCGAGAUCUCCAAGCGCUUGGGCAAGCGGUGGAAAAUGCUCAAGGACAGCGAGAAGAUCCCGUUCAUCCGGGAGGCGGAGAGGCUGCGCCUCAAACACAUGGCCGAUUACCCCGAUUACAAAUACAGGCCGAGGAAAAAGCCCAAAAUAGACCCAUCCGCCAAGCCCAGUGCCAACCACAGCCCGGAGAAAAACACACCCACCAGUACCGGCGGCGGCAACGGCGGCAACGGCGGCAGCAGCAAGAGCGCUAAAAGCUCCAGUAAGAAAUGUAGCAAAGGGAAAUCGUCUUCUUCCUCUUCCUCCUCCUCCUCCUCCUCCUCCUCCUCCUCCUCGUCUCCCAAGGCCGGGACGAAGCUGGCCCCCCACCCGGGGGACUACGGCGGAGAGGAUUACCACCAGUUCGGAGCGCUGAAAAUGAGCAGCAAAACGGUCAAGUGUGUCUUCAUGGACGAGGAGGAGGAGGAGGAGGAAGACGAGGACGACCUGCAGCUGAGGAUCAAGCAGGAGGACGAGGAGGAGGAGGAGGACGAAGAGCAGCACCAGCAGCAGCACCAGCAGCAGCAGCAGCUGCGGCGGUACAAUGUCGCCAAAGUCCCGGCGAGUCCCACCUUGAGCUCCUCGGCGGAGUCCACCGAAGGGGCGAGCCUGUACGAAGAGGUCAGGGGCGGCGCUGCGGCGCAUGGCGCCAACGCCAGCAGGCUCUACUACGGCUUCAAGAGCAUGCCCAAGAGCGCCCAGCAGCCCAGCCUGUCCCCGGCUUCCUCCAGGUCCAUCUCCACCUCCUCCUCUUCCUCCUCCUCCUCCUCCUCCUCCUCUGCCAGCAGCAGUAGCAGCGAAGAGGCGGACGAUCUGAUGUUUGAUUUAAGCUUGAAUUUCUCCCAGCACACUCACGCCGCCUCGGAGCUGGGCGUGAGCUCAGCUUCAGGGAACCUGUCCCUUUCUCUCGUGGACAAGGAUUUGGAUUCGUUCAGCGAGGGCAGCUUGGGCUCUCACUUCGAAUUCCCCGAUUACUGCACCCCGGAGCUGAGUGAGAUGAUCGCAGGCGACUGGCUGGAGGCGAACUUUUCCGACUUGGUCUUCACUUACUGAAAAAGCGAGAGAGAAAACAGAGGAAAAAGCAACGGGAACGCGAACAAGCUUGAGAGAGAGAGAAAGAGAUCAAAAGGACUGUGGGGAAAAGAAGAAGAAAAAAAUCGGUAAAGGAAAGAUUAUGCUAGUGAUAUACGCUUAAAAUUGGUGGAGUUUUGAAGUGAAGUAAUGAUCAAAAUGUCUUUGGGUUUUUCUGUUCUUUCUUUUUAAAGUCUUGAAGUUAGUUCCAAACCAAGUCCGGAGUUGUGAUUUUUUCCCCCCUUCUGAUUUUGUAUUUCUUUUCUCUUUUUUCUCCUUUUUUUUUUUUAAUUGGUGAUCACAACAGCAGCAGCAAGGAGAAAAGUCAAAUGGGACUGGGGGUUAAAAGAUACAGAAGGCGCUGUUUGAAGCUUGUCGGUCUUGUGAUUGAAGUCUGGAAGAUGGUCUGCAAAAAAAAAAGUCUUUUGGCAGCACAACUGUAACUCAAGGGGGUUUGUGGAUUUUUUUUCUUUCUCCUACAAAGAUUUUAAAGGACUGUUCUGAUUUUUUAUUUUGUAAAAGGGACCAUUGCAACUGUUUUGUUUGUUUGGAGGAGAAAACUGAUGUCUUCUAUGCAUCCGAUUCUUAACAAAGCUGCAGGGAGCUUGAAAAAAAAUGCAGACUGUACAAACGCUUACAAAAAAACAAAAACUGUGAACUGACUUAAGAUCAGAGUUUACUUUUCAGAUCAAAUUGUUUAUGGUUUUACAAAUGUGAUUUCUACUUGCCAACUUUUUUUUUGUAACUUGUUCCCUUAUACCUCCUUGAUUGAAUACCAGACAGCCUAGACCUCAGUACACAAAGGUAUUGAAACAUUUUUGAUACAUAACAGACCUCAGUCUUUUUUAAAAAUUAAUAUAUUUUCAGGCGUAUUUUUGUACAGUGAAAGGGAACAUUCUUGCUGUGUUUUUUCAGUAAGACUUUUCAGGCACUUCUUCCCUUUUAUUUUAAUUUUUAUUGUUUUUCCUCUGUUUUUAGCAUGCAAGUUAUAUGGGUACGUUUAUGUCCUGGUUUUAAAAGGAUUAAAAAAAAUCCUUGCAUCUAAAGGCCUUGUGGUUUAAAAAGAAAAAAAAAUAAACAAAACACUUUUUUGUACAGCUAUAGUUCAGAUUUGUUCAAUAUUUGUAGGUAAAGAUUUAUUGAAAAUGGUGAUAUAGACCUCAGAGCUGUUAUCUUAGUUUAAAAGAUUGUAUAUGUACUGUACUAUAGUAGGAAUUUAUGUAUCUCAUACGCUGUGAUAUGUGGAUGGGGGCCCCAGAUGGAAGGUAUGAAACUGGAUUCUCGACUUUUUUUUAACAAAAAAAAAAAAAUGAAAUGGGAAAAAGAAAGGCACAUAGUAAAAGAAAAAAAGUUUCUCAUUUUGUGCAAUAUAAUUCUUAAAAGUACAGACCAUCUGCGUAUUUUGUAGCAAACGAUGGCAAAAAAGCAGACUUGUGCACUGUCAACAUCAUUGCCUGUUUUUUUUUUAAUGCUGAAAGUCUGUAUCUUGACAAUUUUAAUAAAUCAGCUGGAACUGAUAGAAACUCGAUUCGCUGUUAGUGUCUAUAGAAGUAACGCUGGUGGAUAUGCCAUGUAUCCAAACCCUC